AUGUCCGACAAACCCAUGCACAGAGGCGGGCGCGGCGGCGGCAACAACUCGCGCGGUGGGCGGGGAGGUCGCGGCUGUGGCCACCACGCCGGUGCCGACAAGACCGACAAGGCCGGAGCUGACAAGACGGCAGAGCGUCCCAAGAAGGAAAACAUCCUCGAUCUGUCCAAGUACAUGGACAAGCAAGUCACCGUCAAGUUCAACGGCGGCCGCGAAGUUGUCGGAACGUUGAAAGGCUACGAUGCGCUCAUGAAUCUCGUGCUUGACGACGUGCAGGAGACCGUCCGAGAUGACGAAGGAAACGAGUCCACCCGCCCCCUCGGUCUCGUCGUCGCCCGCGGUACCCUCCUCGUCGUCAUCACCCCCGUCGACGGCAGCGAAGUCAUCGCCAACCCCUUCGCCCAACCCGAGGACUCUUGA